AUGCCCGGUGGUAGAAAAGAAACAGAUGGGUCUGGUGGUAUUGAAAAACCAAAAAGAAAGGCAUCCACAUCGGUUUCAUCAUCGGCAGUAGCAGCAGCAGCAGCAACUGCAGCAACAACAACAACAUCAUCAUCAUCGAAUACUUCCGCUUCCGCUUCCACCCCGACAUCAACAUCGACAGCUCGAAAACUUCCUCCACUUGCUAGCUUGCAAAGUGUUUACCGUAGUGAUUAUCAACCAUUCACCACUUUUCUUCCGUAUGAGCCUGCUUUUCGUGACAACCACGGCUCAACUUCAUCAAAUGCUGCUGAGGAAACCAGCUCUGAUAAAGUGAAGGACGAAGCAAAAGAAAAAGAUGAAAUUGCAGACAAACCAACUCAACAAGCCUCACCGAAAGCGAAAACACCACCAUCUAUGGAAGCUUCGAUCACCAAAUUCAGAGCUACAGCCUCACCCACUUCCACCGCGAAAAUCGAAAAAGCAGUAGCUAUGGCUGCUUCUGCAGCUUCUGCAGCUGCUAGGACCCAAGCAUCCCAUGCACCCCAAGCUGUUACCACUCCCACACUCAACUCCACUACAGUUAGCACUACCAAUACUGAUGCUAGCACCAAAAGUCCUGCUUCUGCCAACUCCACCGCUGUCGCAACAACAACAACAACAGACCCGCAAAUUGUAGCUGCAACAACAAAGCAUAAACCCUAUGCAUGUACUUUUCCCAAGUGCGAAUGGUCGUUUGCUAGACAAUCGGACCUUACCAGACAUGCAAAGUCGCAUGCAGCUCCUCAGUACCAUUGUCCCUAUUGGAAAAAUGACCCAACUUGUCAUAAAAACUAUGGAGCCUUCAACAGAUUAGACGUUUUGAAAAGGCAUUUGCGUUUGGUUCAUUAUGUCAAAGACAAACAACCAAUAAUUAAUAAUAGUAGUGAUAACAGUAAUGUUGAUGAAGGAUUGCUUACAUCAACUGCAGGCCAAAAUGGGGGUGCUCAUAGUAGUAGCAAUAGCAGUGUUGGUCGUAUUGGUGGUGUUGGUGCUGGUGCUGCUGCUGGUAUUGCAGGAGGAAGAGCAGGAGUAGAUGACCCUGGAUGGUGCCGAGCAUGUCAACGAAUGUUCCCAAACUCGAAGGCGUUUGUUGAACACUGUCAAGAUUGCGCACAGAAUACACAACCUGCGGAAUGGAUUGAAAAUAAACGAACGUAUGCGAAUACUGUUGAAGAUGGAUCACUGCAUCAAAACACAUUCAGAGUGAUUAUAGAUCAAAAACAGACAAAAAGUUGA